AUGCGUACCAGAUCUUUCGGUGCUCGGGAUCCUACAGGUGCUGCCGCAUUCCUAGUGACAUCCGCUUUGAAACCAAACCAAACGAAACCAAAUCAGGCCAAACCAGGCCAAACCAGACAGCUAGCGCAACUCAUCCGAGCAAAAUCCCUCAUAGGGCUCGGUGCUGCAACGUGCAAAACGGAUUCACUGGCCGUUGCGCUAUAUAGGCGAGGAUGUCCACUUGCAAGCACUUGGACGGAGACUAAGUCCGAGACUAAGCCUGAGAAUCAAUUUUCCGUAUGGCCAAGUCUUGAACACACUUCUAAUCGUAUAAGACAAGACAACUGCCGAGACAGCUCGAUACUGCAUUCCAUUCUAUCGGCAUUAAGCCCUCGCCAAAAUGGCAAAUCAACACCGAGAGAGGAGCAAGGGCGGCAAGGGAGGGCAGCCGACGAAUUGGACAGGCAAGAAGCUGGGCUGGUGGGGCAGAAUGACCGUGAGGAAUUGGAGGAAAGAAAGUCUAGAGAGUAUGAGCAGUGGACGGGGAAGCGUGGCGGCACAAACCGCCUAAGCGGAGGAUAUCCUGGUGCAAUUACUGCAUUUUCGGCGGGAUUAGCGGGUUGGCGAUUCUGUGCGUAUUCUCCCAACCCAACCCAGAAGAAAGUGGAAAGUGGAAAGCGAAAAGUGCAUUUGAGAUGGACUCGGCUGACCGAAAGAAAAACAAAAAACAGUACCGUCUUGCUCGCAGUCAACCUCCUCCUAACCCUCACAACCCUCCUCUGGGACCCAGAAUUCGACGACACGUUACGGAACUGGGGCGCACCCGGUACAGGGACCGACGGCCUCGCCUGGUACCCUACGGAUUUCACGCGCGACAUCCAACCCAUCGCCUGUCACUCGCACAACGACUACUGGCGCCGGGUCCCCCUCUUCUCGGCCCUCCGAAACGGCUGCACCAGCGUCGAAGCUGACGUGUGGCUCUUUGACGACGCCGCCCCCGAGCUGUACGUCGGCCACAACCGGGCGUCCCUGACGCGCAACCGCACCUUCGCCAGCCUGUACAUCGACCCCCUCGUCAAAAUCUUGGAGGGCCAGAACGCCGGCACUGAUUUCUCCUCUAAUAACAACGACAACGGGACCCGGCGGAACGGCGUCUUCGACGUCGACCCGGCGCAGACCCUGACCCUACUCAUCGACGUCAAGACCGCCGGCCCGGAGACCUGGCCCGCAGUGCUGGCCCAGCUGCAGCCGCUGCGCGACCGCGGCUGGCUGAGCUUCGUGUCCGACGGCGAGCUACACACGCGACCCGUCACCGUAGUCGGGACAGGCAACACGCCUUUCGACCUCCUAACCCGAAACUCGACAUACCGCGACGCCUUCUUCGACGCGCCCCUCGACACCAUGUGGGAAACUCCUUUUUCUCCUUCUCCUUCUCCUUCUCCUCCUUCUCCUCCUCAUGACAACCCCCCCUGCGCCGCCACCCCCCCUUCACAUCCAUCCUCCUUCUCCUCCUCAUCCUCCUCUCCCCAGGACCAGGGCCACACGGGCACCACGCCCUCCUCCUCCUUCACGCCGCUGAACAGCUACUACGCCUCCGCCCCCUUCUCCCGCGCCGUCGGCCGGACGUGGCGCGGGCGGCUCACGCCCAAGCAGAUCGCCACCAUCCGCGGCCAGGUCCGUGGCGCGCACCGGCGCGGCUUGAAGGUCCGCUAUUGGGAUACGCCUAGCUGGCCUAUGGGACUGCGGAAUCACGUCUGGGAUGUGUUGGUUAGGGAGGGCGUUGAUGUGUUGAACGUGGAUGAUUUGAGGGGGGUUAGUCGGGGGGUUUGGUAG